AUGUUGACAGCCAAUCUUUUGACCGCAUUGUUGGCACCAGGUGUGCUAUCAGCCGCCUUGUACCCUCGCCAGGACACUGAUCUCGAUGGGUUUAUCAAGACGGAGUCUGAAGUUGCUCUUAAAUCCAUCCUGAACAACAUUGGCGCCGAUGGCUCUGCUGUUUCUGGAGCGUCUGCUGGAAUUGUGGUAGCAUCACCAUCUAAAUCGGACCCCGAUUACUUUUAUACCUGGACUCGUGACGCAGCCUUGACAUUGAAGGUGCUGAUUGAUGACUUCCUUGCUGGAGAAACCUCCCUGGAAUCCACCAUUCAAGACUACAUCUCUGCUCAGGCGAAGCUGCAGGCCGUGUCUAACCCAUCUGGCGACUUGUCCAAUGGGCAAGGACUUGCAGAGCCCAAGUUUAAUGUAGACGAAACUGCCUUCACCGGUGAUUGGGGUCGUCCUCAACGCGAUGGACCUGCUCUGCGAGCGACCGCUAUGAUCGCCUACGGCAACCAUUUGGUCUCGAGCGAAAAGGAGGAUGUCGUCAAGUCGAACAUUUGGCCCAGCGUUCAAAACGAUCUCGACUAUGUCGCUCAAUACUGGAACCAAACUGGAUUCGAUCUGUGGGAGGAGGUUCAAGGCUCCUCAUUCUUUACUAUUGCUGCACAAUACCGCGCGUUGGUGGAAGGCAGCGCAUUUUCCAAGUCGCUGGGAGAGACCUGCGAUGGAUGUGAUUCCCAAGCACCUCAGAUCCUAUGCUUCCUGCAGUCUUUCUGGAAUGGCAAAUCUGUCGUUUCCAACAUUGCCGACAAUGGUCGAUCCGGUCUCGAUGCAAAUUCUGUGCUUGCUUCAAUCCAACUGUUCGAUCCUAAAGCUGCCUGCGAUGACGUGACCUUCCAACCCUGCUCUGCUCGUGCUCUUUCCAACCACAAGCAAUAUGUCGACUCGUUCCGUUCCAUCUAUAACGUGAACAGCGGCAAAGAUGCUGGAACUGCCGCUGCCGUUGGUCGUUAUGCGGAAGACACUUAUAUGGGCGGAAACCCAUGGUAUUUGACGACACUGGCGGCCGCCGAGCAGUUGUAUGAUGCAGUUUACCAAUGGAAGCAACAGGGAUCCCUGUCCAUCACCGAGACCAGUCUUGCUUUCUUCCAGGAUCUGGAUUCGUCUGCUGCUGUUGGAGACUAUGCUAGUAAUUCGGACACUUACACCUCCCUUACUGCCGCCGUCACGAAAUACGCCGAUGGAUUCGUGUCUAUCGUUCAGCAGUACGCACCCAGCAACGGGGCUCUAGCCGAACAAUUCACUCGGGAUGACGGUACCCCGGCCUCGGCUAGCGACUUGACCUGGUCCUAUGCGGCAUUUGUAACUGCCGCUGAGCGCCGGGCUGGGACAAUGCCUGCUACCUGGGGUGCAUCGGAUGCUAAGGUGGCAGAGACGUGUGAGGGAAGCUCGGCCGAGGGAAGUUACACGGCUCCCCCCGAAGUCGGCUCGUGGUAG